UUUUGUGUGUAAUUACUUAUUUGCCCAUGGGAUUCUCCAAAGUGGAUUUCGCAUAUAAAUGAAAACACACAUACUCUCGGCAGUCCGGUUGUGCCUCUUCUCCUUUCAUUUCACCACCUUCCUGAAGAUGGCUCCGAGCUUGCCUGCUGAACAAAACGUUGAAGAAUUACUGAAAGAAACCCAGCUCCGAUGGUUUAAUGCAUCUGAAAUGUGUAGUAUAUUUGCCAACUAUGGAAGUCUUAAUAUACUAACCUCUCAACGACAGAAAACGCCUCCAAGUGGUUCAUUCUUUGCUAUUAAGCGGCAUAUGGUGAGAGAUUUUAAAAAAGAUGGCCAUAAAUGGACUAAGAAGAAAGACGGAAAAACUGCUCAGGAAGCCCAUGAGAGGCUCAAAGUUAACAACGUUGAGAUGUUGCAGUGCUUGUAUGUCCAUGGACAAGAUAAUGAGAAUUUUCAAAGGCGCAUUUAUUGGAUGCUCGAGAAGGAACCUUCAGGCAUAGCUCUUUUUCACUACAGAGAAGCAAAGAGAAAUAGGAAAAGAUGCGAACCAGAAAAGGACAUAACGGAAGAGCGUCCUGCUAAUAGUUUUGGUGACUGUCAUAUAAUUUGCCAACUGAAUAUUGAGUGGCAGAAUCCGGCAACUAAUUUUGGAAACAUUCCAAGUGAAAUGCUUCGAAUAAGGUUUGAAAAGCUGCUGUCCCGGAGUUCUGUCUGUUCGAAUUAUGAUGAUAGCAAUAUAGGUAAAUUUCUUCGAUUGUACUUCAAAAUCAAACCGUUGCUGAAAGAGGAAGAUGUUGAUUGGGGCCAGAUUAUCUCGUCGGAAAUGGUAAAGGAGAAGAUUAUGAAGGAAAAAUUACAUGUAUGGCUGUUGCAGAAAGUAGGUGAAGGUGGAAAUGGGCUUACAGAGUUAGAUGAGGGCGGGCAAGGUGUGUUACAUUUUGCAGCUGCUCUUGGUUACAAUUGGGCCCUUGAAGCCACAGUGGCUGCAGGCGUAAAGAUCGAUUCCCCUGAUGUUAAUGGAUGGACAGCACUUCAUUGGGCAGCAUAUUGUCGCAGACAGCAUACAGUUAUGUACCUCCUCACACUUGGUGCACUAUCUUAUCCCACUCCCAAAUACCCUCUUGGCCAUUCAUCUGUGGUCUUAGGUUCUAACACUGAACACCAAGGAACUUCUGGUCAUCUCUGAUUUGAACUAGCGGAACUGAUCGGAGUAUUUUCAAACGGUCUGUUUUUUAUUUCUUUUUGUGUGUGGUUGAAAGGUGCUUGGAAGAUGAUUGCUGCAAAGCUUCAUGCUGAGAUCAAGUAAUUAAGAUAAACUUUAAAGCAGUGUGAUCCAAAUUUCCUAAAUCAAACUUGAUUUCAGGCUCAGUAGUUUGAAGGAUAUGCGUGAUUACGUAGUUGGUGAAUAAAAUCAUCUUGUUUAACUCAA